AAACAGAGGAGUGGAGUUUGAAGAAAGAGAACCAAAUCCAGCGAAAAUUCAAAAACACAAAAGAAGAAGCACAAGUUUCGAAAAGAAAAGCAUUACCUGCAUUUGCACAAACAUGGUGCCAAUCUCAGAUCCCAAAUCUCACUUCUGCACCUUCUCAAGUUAACCUUUUGUUAACAACAUCUUCACACGAAACCAAAGCGAAGAAGAUGGAGAACCAUCCUCCAUUACCCACUUCACUUCUUCUCCUCCUCAUGUUUCUAGCUCCAAUGGUAACUCAAUCGGCCGCCGGCCCAGGCUUCGCCUACACCAGAAACAGAGGAAGAUGCACCCCUCAGUAUUGGAGUAGCAGACGGGAGGCGUGGCCAAGGAUGAUACCACAGGGAUCGGCCGUGUCGAAAGUGUUCGGAUCUAGAGCUUACGAACGCUACCGGUACGAUCUGACGUUGUUGGAGGCGACGUCGAGGAACGACGACGGAGAAAACGUGUUUGCUCGGCUGGUGAAGGAAUCCACGGCGGCGCUGAUCAAUUCGUACACCAGGAAAGCGUAUCCGUACAGCGCUUGGGAGGUGAAGACCGCCGUAAUCCAGGGUUUAGUCUCCGACGAGGCGGCGGCGGUUCAAGCACGACGGUUCUACGACGCCAACAGGGCAUGUAAUUAAUUUAAUUAUAAAAAACAUAUGUUUUUGUUAUUUGUGUGGUUUUGAAAUUCUAAACUUUUCUUAAAUUGCAAUUUGGUCCCUCAAGAUUCCAAUUCGUGCGAUUGUGCCUUUAUUGUUCUAAA